AUGACGGUGCGUUCGCUGCUGAAUGACGACAGAGUGUCUUCAGACCUGAAAUUCGACCUGUGUCUACGGCAGCAGCCCGCGAAUGCGCGGUCAUGUGGAUUGGGCGACAGGGAUAGACGGGUCGUGGACCCGCCGCCGAUUCUACAGCUGAAGAUUGAUGCUCCCUGGCUUUCAAGACAAGAAAUCAGCCGCAAAUUGAGACAACCUUCUUAUGUUGUCCACUGCUCUAUAUGGAGCCCGGACGGCGAGGAGGACAUGUCAGGGAUGCCCGACGACUAUACGAGGCAGAAACGAUUAAUGGGCAACCUCGUCGCAUCCCCCUUUGUUGGGUUUGACGAGCGUGGGGAGGAAGGCUGCUUCUUCUGCUUCCCUGACAUCUCAUGUCGCACCCCUGGGAGGUACAGGCUCAAAUUUGUACUUGUCGUCCUGGAGUGGCCCCUGCGACCGAACGCCAAAUCGAUGAUCAGAGCCGAGCUGCUCUCCGACGUCUUCCAAACCUUUAGCGCUAAGGAGUUCCCUGGCAUGCUCGAGUCGUCCGCGCUCGCCAAGGCCUUGAAGCAUCAAGGGUGCAAUAUACCCACCAAGAAGGGCAACGAUAAGACCAGCAAGAGGGACGAAAGCGACGAGAACUCGGGCGGAGAAGACUCCCCUCGCAAGCGAGCAAGGAACGGCAGCCUGUGA